AAGAUCACCAGGACCUCCAAGCAGCUGGGGCUCAAAAAGCUCUUCCAGGUGCUGGUGGUCAUCGACGACUUCGCGGACCAGCCGGAAUUGCACCGGAGGACGGGGGACGGCCCUUUGGACACGCUGUUCAUCAGAGGUCGCCACAUGCAGAUCAGCGCGUGGGUCUCGUCACAGAACCUGCGGCUCAUCAGCGCGGCAGUCCGCGUCAACAUGCAGUUCAUCUGCAUCUGGCGCCUCCGGAACCAGCUGGAGCUGGAGGCGGUCCUGGAGGAGCUUUCCGCCCUGCUCCCGAAGCAGGAGCUGCUCGCGAUGUACCUGGAGGCCACCGGGGAGCCCUACAGCUUCUGGUUCAUCUACUACCUGAGAGACAAGGCGAACAUGUUCUACAAGCGCUGGGAGGAGCGUUUCGUGGUGGACGGUGACGCGGAGCCCGCGGAGCCCCAGCAGCCGGUAAAUGGGCGGCUUCCUGUCGGCGGCGGCCAGCAAGCUGCUGGGGGGAGGGCCCAUCAUCGAGAGCGACCCAACGUCUACGACCCGCGCCUGGCCACGCUGCCGACCACCUGGGGCCAGCGCGGCGUGUCCGAUCAGUCCACGUCCAGCGCCAAGAUGGCGGUGUACAAGGUCCGCAUCGCCGACGCCUUCCUUUCGACGGACCGGGGCCGGAACCUCUACUGGAUCGACCAGGCCCUGGGCACGCUGAACAGCGCGCAGCUGCCCAUCGGAGCCUGGACGGGCGCGCGGCUGGCGGCGUGGAUCUCCUCCAAUUACGCCUCGGCCACCUACGUGGAGGCCCAAAACUCCAUAGAAGUCGCAGCAGAUGGGAACCGCCACAUCCUCAGCGACUGGGUCUCCAUGAACCCGUUCAACGAGGUUUAUCUCCGAUCCAGGGAGCUGGGCAACGCUGCCCAUAUCCUGGGACCGCUGGGCACCGACAUCAUCUGCAAGGUGAUCAUCGACAAGGGCGUGGGCCACGUCAUGAAGGACCAGACGGACGACGGGCACCUGGUGGAGCUGCGGGGACCGAUCACCCUCCGCACGCUGAGUUUCCGCCUCACCGACGUGGACGGCAACGAAGUGAACACCCGAGGAACCAGCGAAAAAGCGGAAAUGCCGGAUGAGCACCAGCCCGACCAGGCUGAGGAGGCAGCAUGCGCGGCUGCUCCGAGCCCAUCGAGCCCGCGGAGCCCAGCCACGGCGACCCAGAGCCUAUGGGACCACCUUCUGGACCUGCUGGGGAUUUUGCCGCAGUUCCUUCUCGGGCCUGCCGACCCCAUGGUGGCCCUGCCCCCUGCGGAGAGUGCCGGAGGCCCAGGGGUCAAGGCGGCGCCCAAGAAGCGCGGCCGACCCCCCGGCAGCAAAAACAAGGCCAAGCCGCCGCCGGCGACCGUCCCCGCCGACGCUGGGGCAGGCGGUGAACCGCUACCGCAGGCUGCAGUGGCUCCGGAGCCGGAGCAGCAGCCCCAGCAGCCGGAGCAGCCGCGCCGCCCUGUCCACCUGACACCCGCGCAAACGCGGAGGGUGCGCCAGAUCAGCCGGCAGAACCGCUUCGAGCAGCUGGCCGUGGCGGCCAGCAUGGAUGUCUAA